UGGGCGCACUCUAUUUUGGAAUGAAGGGAGUAUAGAUAAGCAUAUGUCAUUGCUUACCUAGGUUAACUUACUUACUAUUUGUAUCCAACUCGUAUUAAACAUAGUUUGUUUUUAAUUUGUUAUACAGGUGUUUGCUUCAUCUUUUUACGACAGUAUACAGGUGUUUGCUUCUUCUUUUUUCGAGAGCACGGGUGCUUGCUUUUCAGUACUGUACAUAUGGUUUCAUUGAAUCAAAGGUGGUUCAAAUCGUUUCCUGUUAGUACGUUGCAUGAGUCCUGGUGGUAGUUCAAACAAAUUUGCACAAGUUUCGGGCAUAUACCAGACGAAAAAUCUGUACGCCGCACCGAGUCCCACGGUAGGACCACUGCAUCUUGCAGCUGCCGGCCUCGAUCCGCUGUACACUGCAGACCACAGCGAAGUGACUGAGCGACAGUUCCACGCUAAGCUCUGGUAGUAGCUACGUACCAAACUCAUCCAAAACUAGCUCGGUACACGGCCGAUCACUUCGGUUCGGCAUGGCCACGGCGGCGCCUCACGUCAUGGUGCUGCCGCUCGCGGCGCAGGGCCACGUGACCCCGCUCAUGGAGCUGUCGCACCGCCUCGUCGAGCACGGCCUCGAGGUCACCUUCGUCUGCACCGAGCCCACCCAUGCGCUCGUCAUCGACGCCCUGCGACUGCGAGAAACCACCGUGGAGGGGAUCCACCUGGUCUCCAUGCCGGACGGCCUGGCCGACGGCGACGACCGCAGGGACCUCGGCAAGGUCCUGGACGCGCUCUCCCGGUGCAUGCCGGGCUACGUGGAGGAGCUCGUCAGGGAGAAGAAGGUGACGUGGCUCGUCGCCGACGCCAACCUGGGGUCCUUGUGCUUCGAGGCCGCCAAGAAGCUCGGCGUCAGGGUCGCUUCCUUCUUCCCGGCGUCCGCGGCAUGCCUUGGGACGCUGUCCAGGAUUCCCCAGCUCAUAGAGGAUGGCUUCUUCGACGACAAAGGCUUCCCGAAGCGACGAGAGGCGGUGGAGCUGGCCCCCGAGAUGCCGCCGGUCUACACGUCGCACAUGCUGUGGAGUGUCGACGGCGGGCCCGAGGUGCAGCACGUGGUCUUCCAGCUGGUGUGUCGGAAUACCGAGGCGGCCAGCCUCGCCGACGUCGUCGUGUGCAACUCGUUCCUCGAAGCGGAGGCCACGGCGUUCGAGCUGUUCCCUGACAUACUGCCCAUCGGCCCGCUGCUCGCCGACCCAGGAAAGCCCGUGGGGCAGUUCCUGCCGGAGGACACGAGAUGCCUCGGCUGGCUCAACGCGCAUCCCGUCGGCUCCGUCGUGUACGUGGCGUUCGGCACCUCCACCGUCUUCGAGCCCCGCCAGUUCCGGGAGCUCGCCGAGGGGCUGGAGCUCACCGACCGGCCCUUCCUGUGGGUGGUUCGUCCGGACUUCACGUCCGGCGCCGGCAUCAGCAAGGCGUGGUUCGACGAGUUCGAAGGCCGCGUCGCCGGCAAGGGCAUGGUCGUCAGCUGGUGCUCCCAGCAGCAGGUUCUGGCGCACCGGGCCGUGGCGUGCUUCGUGUCCCACUGCGGAUGGAACUCGACCAUGGAAGGGGUGAGGAACGGCGUGCCCUUCCUGUGCUGGUCCAGACUGAAGGUCGACCAGUACACCAACCGGAGCUACAUCUGCGACAUCUGGAGGACCGGCCUGGCCGUGUCGCCUGGCGAAGAUGGGGCUGUGACCAAGGAGGAGGUGAGCACCAAGCUGGAACAGGUCAUGGGUGACCAUGGCAUCUCGGAGAGGGCACGGAUGCUCAGGGACGCCGCUCGCAGGAGUCUCGGCGAGGGCGGCUCGUCGUAUGAGAAUUUCAAGAGAUUCAUUAGCCUCCUAAAGGAGUGAGCUGUGUUUCAAAUUUACUUUGCCGGUCAGGAUGCUCGCUCCCAGUGAUCAGAUGUUUGUACACCAUUUUUGCUAUCUAAGAGGAAGAUAAUGAUGCCGCAACGUGAGUCUUGGUGGCGGCCUGGCGGGAGCCAAGCAUUUAGGGAAUAGGGAGUAAUCGGUCCGUUAGCAUAGUGUAGUAGACAUACACAUGCCGAUGCAUCAACGGGCCAGAGCAGAAAUUUUUUCUCUCACAUAACCUUUUUUUCCUUUUUAUUAAAUAAACCAGAUGUACUUUUUUA